AUGGCCGACCCGAAAACCUCCACUGCCAGUCAGCGCUUGACGCAGAUCAAAGAUUUUCUUACCAUGAAUAAGACGGCAACAACCAUACCGUGGGAUCCAGAUAGUACCAAAUUUCCGACAAGGAAAGAACUACCUCAGAUCCCCGGUGCCCCACCAGAGGCUGCGUGGGUUUGGGGUGAUAACGACUACAUCGGCCGUCUCAAUCUCCUAACACCUACACGCGUCGCAGCGGCUGCAAGAGAGAUACGAUCGGGUGAGAUCGUGCCUGUAAACUUGCCUCUCAACGUGCCGAAUGUUCCCGCGUUUGGUCGUGAGGUUUUUCAGCAUGAGAUCAAGACCCUGGCUGAAGGCAUUGCCUACGACGAUGUGUAUCAUAUGAACACCCAGUCUGGCACGCAAUGGGAUGGCUUCCGACAUUUCGCUCAUAUUCCCAGUGGAUCGUUCUACAAUGGCACCAAAGGCAGCGAUGUCACAGGCCCAAACGCAAACCACAAGUGUUCCAUCCACCACUGGGCCGAGCACGGCAUCGCAGGUCGCGGUAUCCUUCUAGACUACCGGGGCUACGCGUACAAGAAGGGUAUCAACUACGACCCCUACGACUACUACCCCAUCUCAUGGCAGGACCUGUAUCAAUGCGGCCAAGACCAGGGGAUUGAUAUUCGCCCCGCGGCUCAAGGCGGUGACAUCAAGCCGGGAGAUAUGCUGUUCAUCCGCAGCGGAUGGAAGGAGGCUUACGACAGCAAGAGUGAUGAGGAUCGAAGCAAGGCUGCUCUUCGACAUGGUAGCGGUAAGGAUGGUGAGGAUGGUCAGCGGUAUGCUGGUGUGAGUCAGGAAGAGAAGAUUUUGGAUUGGCUGCAUGAUAGUUACUUCGCGUCUGUCGCUGGUGAUGCACCGGCGUUUGAGGCAUGGCCGACGCAUGAGAACUAUCACCUCCACGAGUACAUCCUCGCCCUUUGGGGAAUGCCGCUUGGCGAAAUGCUGGAUCUCGAGAAGCUUGCGCAAACGUGCCGCGAGAAGAACAGGUGGUUCUUCUUCUUCACCUCUGCGCCUGCUAACUGCCCAGGCGGAGUAAGCUCACACGUCAACGGCACUGCCAUCUUCUGA